CAUUUAGUCAGUCGUCGCGUUCAAUCAAAGCCAGUUGUUAGUGAUUUAAUACAUAUAAGCUGUAAUUUUAUGGUUAAAAUCAAAUAGUAAUUUUUCCGUUUUUGGUAGAUUUUUCAAUUUUAUCCUGAAUUUUCUUAUAUUUUUCAAAAAAAAAGGAUAGUAUAUUCUUAUUUUAAUUUUUCAAAAUUAUUUACAUAAUUUUUUAUGCCCCGCCCGACAACUUCUCUGCCAUAUUUUAAUUAAAAGCUCAUAAAAAGCCUGUAUGAGAAAAAAAUCGAUCUAUAAUUGCAUAUCCUUGUUCAUGAGAUUAUUAUAAGACUUUAAAUUUGAAAAUAAUAAAAAUUAUUAAAAAAUGAUAAAAAUAAAUAAAUUAGAAUAAAUUUAACGUAUAAAUGAAAAUUAAAUAUAUACAUAUUACUAAAUACUAAUUUCUAACCUAACUAAAACUAUAUUAUUAAAAAAUCAAAAGGAACUUAAAAAAUUUCAAAAAAAUAAAAUUCAUAUAGGUUUUCUAAAUUUGAAAUUUCACUGGUAUUAAGGGAUAAACAAUUUUAUAUUUAAAGAAAAAAAAGAAAUAAGAAAAUUGUCAAUCAUGCUUAUAACUCUAGUAAAAGAAUCUGUAAUGCGUUGUUUCUGUCAUUCGUGCCAGGCACCAUCUUUACCUGCCGUUGGAAAAAGAAAUGCUCCUUUCAAGAAAAGCAAUACUAAAGUUCGCGCCAAACAGCCUAGAACUGGUUCAAAAAAAGUGAAAUUCAUAACUACGGAAAUUCGAUGCCAGGAAAAAUCAAAAGGUGGUCUAAGUUAUGAAGUUAUUCUGGCUGAACCAGCACCAAAUGUUGCACUGCCUAAAAAACCUCUAUCACCAAAUAAAAAUGUUUCAGCCGAAGAAAUUGAACAAAAACUAAAAGCGGCUGAAGAGAGAAGGCUCUCUUUGGAAGCUAAAAAAAUGGCGGAACUUUCUAAUAAAUUGGCAAAAAUUGAAGAAGCCUCUCGUAAAAAGGAUGAAUUGAAUAAUGAAUUUAUAAUUCAAACAAAAGAAGCUCUAGAAUCUAAAAUGGAGCAGCACGUUGAAAAACGAGAAGAAAUCAUUUCAAGUAUGAAAGAAAAGUUGAAGAUUCAUUCACAAGAUAUUGAAAAAACUCGCAAUUCCUUGGAACAACAAAAAGAAAUUGAAAAAGCCGCCAUUGAAGAAAAACUUAAAAUUGCACAAUCUCUUCGAGAUGAUAAUUUGAAAAAAAUGAUUGAACGUCUUAAAGAACAUAAUACCAUUAAGGUAGCAGAAGUGAAAAAUCAAGUCGAAGGUUUCGUGGCCCAAAAAUCGGAAGAAAAAACAAAAAUUAUUGAAAAUAAAUUAUAUACAGCAGAACAGAACCGUGAAAGGGAAAUUCAAAAAAAAAUUGAAAAAAUUCGAGAACUUGAACGUCGUGCUGAAAUUGUUCGGCAAAAUAAAGCUGCACUAUGUAAGAAUUCAACUGAACAUACUGCUAACGAUUCAUUAAUCACUGUAUGUGGUUAAAAAGGGUCACAAUACUUCGUUUUUUCUUCUCAUCGCUAGCUAUAUUUUUUCAAAAAAAAUCGAUGAAAAUUUAUGAACUCAAAAUGAAAAUAUUAUCAAAAUAUUCAAAAAUUAAAAAAAAAUCAAUAAUAAAAGACAAAUUUAAUGAAUAUUUUUCAUUAAUUUUAGUUCUUCAUUAUUAAAGUUUGUCAAAAAAAAAAAAAAAAACAAAAUUGUUCUUAAAUAAUAUAAUUACCAUAUAUGCAACAAAAAUUGAUGAAAAAACGCUGAAAAAAUUAUAUAAAAAAAUAAGUAACAUUUAUUAAAUCAAAAUUAACACCUUAACAAAAAAAAUAUUAAACAAAAGAAAGAAAAAAUUUUGCUUCAUAAAUUUUUAUGUAAACGCUUUUUAUAUAUAAACCGAAAUAUAUUUGUAUAAAAUCUACAUACAUAUAUUAAAAUGUUUGCCAUGUAUUUAAAAAACAAUUAUGCGAUGUUUUAUUUACACAAAAAUUUGAACAAAAAUAUUAAAUGAAACAAUAAAAAGAAAAUUAUUAUAAUACGCAUAAGCAAUUGAAAUUUUUUUUUGUUCAAAUUGCUUGUCUCUUAUAUAAUUAUUAUAGUCUUAUAAUAUAUAACAAAAAGAAACGCUUCAUUAUUAUAAAAAAAAUCACAUAAGACUUGUUAUAUAUACUCUCAUAUUAUAUAUAAACACUUUCACAUUAAUAUAUACUUACAAAAUACGUGUAUAAAUAUAUUUAUUCAUAUAAACAUAAAUUUAAUAAAACUAUUGCAUACACAUAUGUAUAUGUAUAUAAAUCAAUAACAUAUGAAAUUAAAUUUUGUGUAGAUAAAAAUAAUUCAAUUCAGAAUUAAACAGAAUUUAAAAAUUAUUUAAUUAAUUUUUAUACAAGUUUAAAUUGAAAGCGCAGUUUUGUUUUGUCCUUUUUCAACUACAUAUACAAACCUGAAUCUAGCCAACCUGAGCAAAAUUUAUGAAUAGCAUAACAAUUUUAAUUUUACCGUAUAAUUGCAAACAAAAUUUGAUUAGUUUUAUUCGAAUAAAUAUAUAUGUAUAUACAUACGUAUAUAAAUCGGUAUUUGUAAAUUUUGUUCAGAUUAUUUAUGUACAUAGAUUUACAUAUUUGUUUUAAACUGGUUAAUCUAUUUAUGAUAUCUGCCAGUUGGAAGGAUGAAACAACUUUAGUUUGGAAAGAAGACAAUUUCCUAUUAAAAGUUGCUUGGAAACAGUACUAUAUUUAAAGAAUUAAGUUUAUUUGAAAAAAAAAUAAUUUUUUUAGAUCAAUUUUGUAUGUAUGUAUGUAUGAAAUUAUAUUUGCAAUUUAAAUUUUUAGUAAUAAAAUUUUUAUUAUUAAACAUUUCUUUUUAGAAUUUUAACUUUUAAAGUAAAUACAUACAUAUAUAGGUAUACAUACAUCACAUCACAAAUUAAAUUUUUACAUCUAUUUCUAAUAUUCCAAAUACAUACAUAUUUAUAUGUAUAUAUGUCCUUAUCUCUUUUUAAUAAAUUUCAUUCUACUAGAUUAAUUACAAUAAAUUUUCAGUUGUAAUUGUUAUAUUCUUUUUUAUUGAAGAUUGACACACAUGAUUUUAUUUACUAGUUGUAGAAAUUAUUAAAAUAUUUUUUCUAUAUAUAUAUAUAUAUAUAUAUAUAUAUAUAUAUAUAUAUAUACAUGCAUAUAUAUAUAUAUAUACACACUUUUAUAAAAUUAAUUGAGUAUAAAUCAGUUGUGUUUAAAUUUAAAUACUUACAUAGAGAAAACUAUACUUCACUCUGAUUGUAUGGUAUGUAUUUUGCUUUUCUAAAUCUAGAAAUAAUUAGCACAAAAAAAUGAAAAUAAUUUUAACAAUAAUCACAAAUUUACACACACCAUAUAUUUAUACAUUAAAAAAAUUAAGAAAAAGAAAGUAUAGCCAUAAUUUAGUCCACAAACAGACGAUGAAAAAAGAAUACCUUAACAUACCUAUAUACAGAUAAAGAAAAAUUAUUUUAAAAUUUAAUCAAUUCAAAAACUGCAUAAAGUUCUGAAAAAUGUAACCGGUUUCCGUUUACCGAAAUACCCAAUGUUUUUAUUACAAAUCUUUAUCAAUUUCUUUGCUCUAUUAAUAAAAAAAACUACACAGUAAAACCUUAUGAAACCGAUGAUGACUUAGAAUUUUAGAAAAAAAGAAGUCAUAACGUAAAACACACAUUUAGUAUUCAAAAGUCUUACAAUAAAAAAAUUAUAUAGGAGAAAAAUUAUAAAAGGAAAAAUAAAAAAACAAUUAGAAAAUAAAAACAAUAUUUUUUCUACCGAUUGAGUAAAGAAUUUAAAAAAUAAAUAUUCAAAUAAAAAAAUUAAAUAAAGUAAUUUAUAAUCUAGUGUUAUUGUAAUAAUUAAUCUUUUAUUAUUAAAAUUUUAUUUUCUUCGUUUGAAAUUUACAUAA